GGUGGCCGCGUGGGAAGGCAGAGAGGGUCUCAGCAGCAGCAGACCGCGCGCUGCUGCUCUCUGCUGCCCCUCAGUCUGUCUCUGACCCUUGUGGCGAGUGGAGGUGGUAUGUGCGUCGCGUCCCCAAGGCUCACCACGAAUGUGUGUAUAUAAUUAGUGUUUGGUGGCGAGCACGGCGUGGCGGCGGACGCAGCAAGGAUCAGUAGCAUGAGUGUGAAGUGUGUCAGUUGAUGGUGUGUGGUGACUGUAGGAAACCCCAUCAGGACCAAGGAUAUCAAUGGUAUGGGUAAUAGUAAUCCAGAGAUAGCUGAGGCCCCUUGCCAGGGUUAAGGCUCCGCCACCCUGCCUCAGCCCGUCCCCCACGCCACCCUCCACGCCCAUCCCCACGCCCUCACGAUGGUGACGCGGGCGGGCAAGCAGAGGGAGCUGUCCUCCACGUACCAAAGUUUCGCCGACACGGGACCCACGUACUCCUACCUAGACCUGAGCCGCGCCCGCAGCGAUGAGUCCCUCAUGUGGACCGCAGGGGAGGAGGCGGCGGCGCUGGUGGCUCAGCUGCGGGCUUCCCUCGCCUCGCCCCUCAUGCGGCCCGCCGAGGAGGAGGAGGAGUUCCUGGAGGAGGAGGAGCUGGAGCAGUCCUUCCUCACCCUGGGCAGGUCCUCUCUGGGCAGGGCGUCCCUGGACCGCUCCUCCAUAGGGAGGUCGUCCCUGUACAGCACGGGCCGCUCGCUGUCCUUCACCGACCUGCACUCCGCUGCCACAUCGGCCGAGGACCUGCGGCUCAUCUGCUUCCAUCCGUCACGCCUCCCCUGCAGCGCCCACUGCGCCUCCCCACACUCCUCCUCCUCCUCCGCUUCCUCCACAGCCUCGUCACGCAGCGCCGCCUCCACCGGCAGCAGCGGCGCCAACCUGGUGGUUGGCGGCGGCGUGCGGCGCCCCACCAUGCGUACGUUCGGCAGCUGGCGCAACCUCCUCAAAUUGGGCGGCAUGAGCGGGCGGGGCAAGCCGGCGCCCGUAGUGAAGAAGGUGUCGCCCCCCACGGUCCCCGAUAACGCAGCCAUCACACAUCGCCACUCCGGCUCCUCCUUCAGCUCAGGCGUGUACAGUGCGGGUGACCAGCGCUCCUCCUACUCCUCCUCCGUCAGCGAUGAGAACCCGCCGCCUUCCCCACACAGCCCCGCCAGAGCAGGUGGAGGAGUCACUGGAGGCGGCAGCACUGGAGGAAGCUGUGACCAUGGACAGCUGGGCCGCCUGGGAACCACUACCACCGCCACCACUACCACCACCACCACAACAGACGGCGGUGGGGGAGGUGGAGGGCAGCCCCUGGCCAAUAGUUCUCCUUCCCACUACCACAACCAGCAGCAGUUCACCUUCCCUAAUGCUCCUCACCAGCAACAGGUGCCUCAGUUUGCCCACCUGAUGUGCUCCAAGACGUCCCCUGGCUCCCCACACCACAUGCCGCCUGAAGGCACAUAUGGCUACCUCACUUACCAGCACCAGACAUCACUUGAGGACCAGGGCAUUGAUGUGCAGUCCCCAGGUCGAUCCAGUCCAGGCUCAGGAAGUGGCUCGUCCACCACUGGCUCAACAGCUUCCUCUGGUGGCUGUCGCAACUCCACCACUUCCUUGGACUCAGGCAGGGCCUCCACUACCACCCACUCCCACCAGCACAGAUUAAGUGGGCAGAGUUAUGACAGUGGAUCCAUCCUGCGGCACAGCUACCACUCGUCCAGCUCCAGCCUGGGGUCCAUGGAGCACGACAACACUCCUCACGUCAAUGUAUUGGAGCUCCUCAACAAUGGCGUCAGGGAUUCUGAGGUGCUGAGAGCAUGGUUGACAGAUCUCCGCUUUGAAGAAUAUUAUGAGAAAUUCCUGUCAGCUGGUUAUGACAUGCCAACUAUUUCCCGGAUGACACCUGAGGAUUUGAAUGCAAUUGGUGUGACAAAGCCAGCACACCGCAAGAAACUCAAGGCUGAGAUAACCAGACUCAACAUAUCUGAUGGACUGCCUGACUUCAUUCCAGGUCGCCUGGAGGACUGGUUAUCUCUGCUGCGCCUCGAGGAGUACACCACCUCACUGAAGCAGCAGAAGUACGUCUCCGUGGAGCAGAUGACGCAGCUCACCUGGGAAGACUUGGAGGAUAUUGGCAUCACUAAGUUAGGGCAUCAGAAGAAGGUAAUGUUGGCCAUCAAGCGCGUCAAAGACAUCAUGGCAGGCAAGAAGUUCACCACCUCCCAGGACUCUCGCCAGCCAGUUUAUGGGACUCACGAGAUCAUGAUUCCCCGUGAAUGCGAAGGACGUGAACAGUUCAGUGGCGUCCCAGAGUUCCGGACAUUCUCUGGCUCAGGACAUUAUGGGAACACGGAACAUAACAGACUAAGUGGCUUCCCAGAAUCUGGCGUUCACUAUGGAGUCGCACCUCACUAUAAUCCCAACCUUCAGUAUGGCCCCAUGCCUCCCCCACAGGCCCACAUCCACCCCAUGCCACAGCACCCAGCCCAGUACCAUCAGUCCAACCAGUUCAGUGGUCAACAAGGCCCCUCUCCUCCUGGCUCAAAGCUUCCAGCCGGGCCAUCACAUCCUCUCCCUGGGCCAGGGCAAGUCCAGUAUCGCCCAGACGUUGUUGCUGUGCAGGUCAGGCCAGGAGGCAGGGGACGCAGCAUUGAGAGCCUCGAGGAGCCAAUAUAUGGCACCUACCAGACAUUCCACCCUGACAACAGAAUGGCAGGUCAUCCCCAAGGUCCGAUGUCGCUUGGCAAUCUUCCACCAAGACCAUUUGCACCUUCAAAUUUAAAUUCAUCUCAUCCUCAGAGAUCUAUGGAUGACGGUGACAUCACGCCAACUAAUGAGUAUGCAAAUAAUUACGAAGGUGGAGGAACGCUACCCAGACCUCGCACUGCCAACAAGCUCAGACCCGUCGCCAAAGUGACUGCAAAGACUCGAGCAGAUGUCCAUGAAGUGCCACAGUUCAUUAAGGACGGGAUGAAUCUCAAGAAGCCUACAACUCAAGGGGAAGAAAUCUGCAUGAAGGAACUGAAUUUGAAGACACUGAACCGACAGAAUUCGGAAAAGAGUUACAGCUCAAGUCAGGGAAGUGGAAGUUCAAACAACACGCCACAGGGAACCCCAAAGAAGAUCCCGCCACCACCCCCUCGCCGCUCAAACUCCAUCAGUGAGAGCUCCAAGGAGGCAGCAAGUCAGGACAGCCAGUAUGGAUACCUGCGCCGAGGAUUGUCUUACGGCUACAUGGGGAUCAAGAAUAAUUUGCAGCCAGAUGUCACCCCAGACCUCCCUCCUCCUCCUGCCCCUCCCGACAGUGCCAACCACCAACACCUACCCGAUGACUUUCCUCCACCGCCACCACCCCUAACGUGUGUCACGAUGGCCAGUGCCACACACAUCACUGCAAGUUCCACCAUUACAACCUCAUCAAUGACUAGUGACUCCUUAGCAACAUCCCAAACCUCCACCACCUCCUCAGAUGAAGAUGGGUCCACAGGAUUUCGGCCAAGGCGAAACGAUUCCAAUGCUAGCUUUAAGUCUACCUCCAGCACCGACUCAGAGUCUUUGCCAUUUGCAAAUGAGAAUGCUGGAACCAUCAAGCAGCGAGCCUGCCGUCCCCACCCAGGCUUGACUGUGCUAGACACCCGCAACUCUCCUCACUCCUCACCACGUUCCUCGCCAGCACUCCGUCGCAAGGAAGCCCAACCUCCCCUUCGCCAGAAUCCCAUUGCUACAACUGAUGCCUCUGUUGGACAGAUAUCAAAAUCAAAUUCAAGUUCCCCCGAUGGAACUGGUGAUGUGCUGAAUGACAUCGGGAACAUGCUGGCCAACCUGACUGAUGAGCUGGAUGCCAUGCUAGAGCAAGAGGUCACCCUCAAGAACUAAGAAGUCCAUUUAGAUGAAAAAAAAGUCAAUACGUACAUACUAUAAACUACUUGCUUCUAGUGCUUGUUACACAGUGUUUGGGAGUGUCUGAUUAGCUACGUAAAAAUGGCAUGAAUAUAUUAUACAUAUACACGUAUAGGUGUGGAAGUAAAGACUUAUAUAAUGCUAUAAACUUAGACAUCUCUAUCGGACUGAAUCCAAGCAAAUUUGGUUAUAUUCACACAUUACCAUUUGUUAUUUACUAGGAAACCACAGUGUAUAUAUAUACUUGUGAACUACUCUACUUGAUUUUUUUUAUCUGCAUAAAAAUAUAUAUAUAGGCAUACAAAGUCAAGAAUUAUACGAGUUUCAGAAGGAAGAGUAUUUACAUACAUGUGGGUAAACUGAAAUAUAUGUAGACCACCUAAGGUGUAGAUUAUUAUUAAUAUUGCCUGUUACUACAAGUAGCUGUAUUAAAGGAGCAAAGUACUCAAUUUUGUUUUUUAUCAAUCAAUAGAAGCUUGAUGAAAGAAGGCAUAUGUUUAUCAUGAUCUCAAGAAGCAUUACUACUACUACUACUGUCAGCACCCCUGCAAAUGGUAACCAAUAACUGCAUGUAACUUCCAAAUAUUGAGGCUACACAAAUCUCUUAGGGUCAGUCUGUAUUUUGUGUACAUAGAAAUGUUGUGCUCUGUAAGUGAGAUUAGGCAAUAGAGGGUAGACACUAAGAAAAAAACAAUCUGUCAGCCAUAAAACAGACAAUCAUGAAACCAAGGUAACUUUUAGGCUCUUCAUGUAAUGGUUUCAUAUCACUCAAUAUUAGGAUGCUUAUUGUGACUAAAUUAAUACAUACGUACGUACUGUUCAAGCCAAAAACAAUAAUCGAUGUAAAAACAACUAAUAUGUUCCUGCCUGAGUACUACUAAUAGGUUUCCAGUCAUUUAGGGACACUAGUGGCACGUCAUAAGAAGUCAAUUACAUAUUUCAUCUGUAAAAAAAAAAAAAAAAAGUUAAACAUGAGAACACAGUCUCAAGCUCCUUGUCAUUUCAAGACCUGUGAUUGGUACAUUUAUAUGAAGUCCAUUUUGUGGGCUUAGAUCUAUUUUUCUUUCAAGCUUUUAUAGUGAGGUAGGUAGCAGGAGGUAGGUAGGCUAGGCUACGAUAGGUGUACUAUAUCCAAUCUCGUCCAUCACAAACCUGAAGACAUUUGUUACCCGUGAAAGGAGUGGUACAAAUUUUUCACAUUUCUUAGCAUCUACACAUGUUGAUGUGAUAAUUUGAAACUUGUUUGAUGUUCCUGAGCAGAAUCUUAAAGCUGAUUAUAUUUUCACCUUGUAUUUGUUUUUAGCAACAGGAUGUAAGCUGUAUAGUGAAAAGCACAGUUAGUUUUUUGUGUAUAUGAAUAUAUAAAACUAGUCACUUAUAUUGGCUUGAUUGCUGCAUUAAGUGAUAAUAUAUAUCUGUAACUGGGGUAGGAAAUAUUUUGUUUAUUAUUUUGUAAAUACAUUCUGUACAAAACUGUAAAUAAUUAGGAUGAGUCACAGACCACAUUUUACUGAUAACCAUACAUGUUUCUGCAAGAUCUAAAGUUCACUGUAAUUGUCUUAGCAGCUUUCAUCACAGGAAAGACGACUUUUCAAUCAUGAAAGCAGUGACGUGAUGUGUUAAUUGAGGCCACAGGUUAAUAAUUGACUAAUGCCACAGACAGUUUUCAUGUCAAUCUUAACCUCAUUGAGCUUUUCUAUGAGAAAAGUUCAUAAUGAGUGCUCAGUUCUGUCCUUCAUUAAAGUAAAGCCUACAACUGUGAAUAUUAUUGUAAUCAGGAGACUUGCCAUUUGGAUUUUAUUUUUAGGUGAUUAAUCUCUAUUUACUUGUUCACUAUUGUUGAGGUAAUGUGCCUUGCUUGCCCUAACAGCAUAAUGUCACUCAUUGGAGCCCCACUUCCAUAACCAAAACCUCACAUGAUGGACAAAUCUGGGAUUAAUAUGGAAAAUAUUUUCAUAAAACAUCAGCAAAAUCUUGAAAUCCUGGCAAAUAUGUAAAUUUAUUUCUGCAGCUGCUCCACUUUCUGCUAACACAAAACUUAAUUGGUAUGUGGACAGCAUUAAGUACCUGUUCAUUUGUAUGUAUGACACAUUACACAGUACUGUCAUUUCUCUCAGCAAAAAAUUUGAAAGGAAAUUAAUCAUGAAACAAAGUUCUAAGUAUUAUGAAAUCAUGAGUAAACAAAGGAAGGUGAAUUACAUACAGUGAGGAAACUGAUAUUUUUUCCACAAUGCAAUGUGCAUAACAGUAUUUGAAAAUACACUUAUUACUGGAAAUUUGACAACCAUCAUAUGGAAAAAAUAUUUACGCCAAAAUUUAAAACUUCCACCACUGCACAUACUGUUGUACAUAAACAUUUUACUGUGGCAUUAUGAUUAUUAACUUUAUGGCUCCUUGGCUAAAAAAUAAAUAAAUGACUGAUUCAGUAAUGUAUCCUGAAUAAUUUUAUAUAAGUACAAUAUCUGGCACUGUGUAGUAUAUCAUAUGGUUAUCAGUACUUGAAAGCUCUUCACAGUACUAUCCCAAGCAAUACUGCAUAUCAGUAAGAGAUACUCCAAUAAGUUCAUCAUCACAUGAAAGCUUUGUAAGUGAGACACACUUGAGUUGUCAGUAAGCUAGUGCAGUAAGUGUUUGGCUUGUGACACUGUACUUAGUAUGUUAUGCAUUGAGUUUAUUUGUCAACUUGCUAGGUUGAAUUUUUGUUGGAGUAACCUCAUAUUAGAUUGAUACUGUGGCUCUUGUGUUUUAAUGUUUAUAUGAGUUUUUAGUCUUCUUUUGAAUCGUAUGGAUAUAAUAUACCUUGAUAAAUCUGAAGAAUUAUAACCUUUCGUGUUUGCUGUAAGAUGUUUCAUGUAAUCCUUUCAAUCUAUAACUUUUUUUCAUUUUAUGUUUUUGUUUACUGAAUUGAGUGACAUAUAAAGAUCUUGUGGGAUAUAACAUUCCCCAUUAUUCCUCCCAAGGCUUACCAUGUACUUAGUAAGGGAUGUAACAAAGAAAAUAAAGAAUGAGUUAUUUA